GUGCGGGGAUAACGGGCCCGGAGCCGUCUCGCCGUGAGGCGUUCGGUAGCGGCCGUGUGGCGGCACCCGAGCGCUGUGUCCGCCUCAGUGUAUUGGAAUCCCAGACUUCCCUGCAGCAAGAGAAAACUUCCAGCAAAAUCUUCUCAGCAACAGUUACUGCUUCAGGCUGAGGAGUCAAACAAAGUUGAGGGCGGGAUGUCGGAGCUGAGCGACGAGGCCAGCGAGUCGGAGCUGCUGAGCCACAGCCUCUCCAUGUGGCACGGGGUGGGACAAGUGCUGUGCUGGGAGGAGCUGGACGUGCCUCUGGACCUGCACACGGCCUCCUCCAUCGGGCAGUACGAAGUGGUGCAGGCGUGCAUCCAGCGUGGAGACAUGGAUUUGAACAAGAGGAACUGUGGGGGCUGGACCCCACUCAUGUACGCUUCCUACAUCGGCCACGACAACAUCGUGCACCUGCUGCUGGAAGCGGGAGUGAAUGUGAACAUCCCCACCCUGGAGGGCCAGACUCCCCUCAUGCUGGCCUCCAGCUGUGGCAAUGAGAGUGUUGCUUACUUCCUUCUACAGCAAGGGGCAGAGCUGGAGAUGAAGGACAUCCAUGGCUGGACUGCUUUGUUCCACUGCACCAGUGCUGGGCACCAGCAGAUGGUCAAGUUCUUACUGGAGAAUGGGGCAAAUGCCAACUGCAAGGAGCCAGUGUAUGGAUACACACCUCUGAUGGAAGCAGCUGCUUCUGGCCAUGAGAUAAUUGUUCAGUACCUUCUCAAUCAUGGAGUGAAGGCAGAUGUCAGAGAUAACACUGGAGCCACAGCACGGACCCUGGCCAUGAAGUAUGGGCACACCAAGAUUGUGGGGCUGAUAGAUUUGCAUGCAGCCCCAGUGCCCAAGGUCUUCUGCAGAGGUCCAGGCAACUAUGAGGAGCUGAGUUCUUCAGAUGAAUCAUGUUCUGCUCCCCAGAGACAGAGACCUGCUCGUAGGACCAAGGGUCCCAGCAUCCAUGAGGGGCCCCAGGCCUUGGCCAAGAUCACAGCAGUUGGGAUUGGGGGAAGAAGGCAGUUUUGCCAUGAUGCAGAAGCAGUUACAUUUCAUGCAGGACCCUCCACGGUUAACUCUCAUCCCAGUGUCGGUUCUCCCUUACUGCCGCACUCAGCACGGCCGCCCCCUCUGGGCUAUGUCACCUUCAACAACUGUGGCAGCUGUGAGAUGCGUGUCUUCCGCUACAGGGAUGUCACCUCCCCCAUCAACGAGCUGGACUUGGAGACCAGCAGCAGCAGGGAGGAUAGUGCUUUGUCCAGCAGCAGCUUGGGAACCCUCAGGAGCGACAGCAGCAGCAGCAGUGAAUACCUGUUUAAAAUCCCAGGAGUCAGCAGUGAAGGCUCCUUGGAAAGCAAUGAGGACUCUGACCACACCAACAGCCCCCCAAGUCGGAAACAAGCCAAGAGCUUUAAGAUCAAGACCCGCUACAGCAACAGUGACAGCCAGUGGAGCCACUGCCUGGGGAGGGCUGGGGGCUGCAGCCAGCACCUGGUCCUUCCUAAGCCCCCAGCCUACACAGGGCCCAAGGACCUGGCAACGUUCCUUGAGGAGAUUGGGUGCCUGAAGUACCUGCAGGUGUUUGAGGAGCAAGACGUGGACCUCCGGAUCUUCCUGACCCUCACAGAGAGUGACCUGAAGGAAAUAGGCAUCACGCUGUUUGGCCCCAAGAGGAAGAUGACCUCGGCCAUCGCGCGCUGGCACAGCAGCGCCCGCCCGCCCAGCGACGCGCUGGAGUUGGCCUAUGCCGAUCGGCUGGAGGCAGAGAUGCAGGAAUUGGCCAUCCAGCUGCACAAGAGAUGUCAAGAGGUGCAGGUGAUGAAGGGCCAGGUGUGCCAGGAGCAGAAGCUGCGUGCAGUGGCUGAGAGCUGUUUGAUGGAGCGGGAUGAGACCUGGAAUACCAUCCAGUGCCGGCUCAGAGAGGCUCAGGCCAUCACCAAGGAUGCUGGAGUCCUGCUGGAUCAGAUCAAGAGCUGCCAGGCAGCUCAGGAACAACUAAGAGUGGCAGUCUCCCCCGGACACACCAGGGAAGCACAAGCCAGGCAGCUUCAGUCACUCCCAGAUCUGGAAUGGAUGCCAGAGACCCAUGUGACUCCAUGGGCACAACUUGCUGAGGAAGCUCGGUGUCCUCCAAAGAUAAAGCUCAAAAUCUGCCAACUUUUGGACCUCAAAUCCUUCAACAAGUCAAGGACUGAUUUAAGCAGCAUUUCUUUCACUGAUUGUGAGAUAUAAGCAAUCUUCUCAUGC